AUGAGUGCUGUGCGUUUCACGGCCAAAUAGGUCCUAGAACAUAUAUUUUCCAAUGACUCUGACUGCGACGAGGAAGCGGACGAGGAAGCGUCCGAAGAAGAAGACGGGGAGGAAUACAACCCAGAGGACGAGGAGACCACAGAGGACGACGACGACGACGACGACGACGAGGACGAUGUCCAAGUAGAAGAAGGUCAAGGCGUAGAAGACGAACGAGACGAUGACGACGACGACGACGACGACGACGAUGUCCAAGUAGAAGAAGGUCAAGGCGUAGAAGACGAACGAGACGAUGACGACGACGACAACGACGACGAAGACGACCACAACGACGACGACGACGACGACCAACAAGAAGAAGAAGAACAAGGAGAAGAACAAGGGGAAGGUGAAGGUGAAGGAGAGCGAGGAGACCGCAGCAGCUGCCGCCGCAGCUGCCGCCGCAGCCUCAGCCCCCGAACACAACACGAUAUCCCUCGAGUGGAAAGAGAGACAUUCGUGUCGAGAAACGGCCAAAUCCAAUGGUGCUCGGUGCCCUGUGACAACAAUCGGGGCGUCGGAGGGGCCGCCGCAGCGGCAAAAAGUAACAGGCCGGUUGCUGAGGUGCCGGAGGACAUGAGGCCCGGGCCUACUAGGCAGGCCGUAGGCCAAGCCCGCGACAUCCUCUCCACGUUCCGCUUGUUUUUCACACCCGAGAUAGAAGACAUCAUCCUGGAGAUGACCAAUCUGGAGGGCGUUCGAAAAAACGGAGCCCGAGGCGACGGCGACGGCUGCGGCGGCGACGACGACCACCGCCACUACGCCGACGACCACGAAGACCACGACCGCGACCGCGGCGGCCGCUGGAAAGCGAUGGACUCCACAGACCUGCGAGCCUACGUAGGGCUGCUCAUCCUAGCCGGCGUGUACAGGUCCCGAGGCGAAGCGGCCUCUAGUCUCUGGGACGCCGAGAGCGGAAGGACCAUCUUCCGCGCAACCAUGCCGCUCAAAGUCUUUCACGCUUACUCGAGACUCCUUCACUUCGACGACCGCCAGACCAGAGCCGAGAGACGCGCAGCAGGCGGCGGUGACAAACUUGCGGCCGUGAGAGAGGUCUGGGACAAGUGGGUCGAGAGGCUGCCGCUCCUCUACAACCCCGGGCCCGACGUGACGGUGGACGAGCAACUGGUCCCUUUCAGAGGUGUGCCGGGCCAACAACACCGUACAAGAGCACAACAACACUGUACACAACACAACACAACACAACACAACACAACACGCUAA